GAACUUUUCCAGGGAAAGCCUUUCAAUAUGAGCAAAAAUUGGUUUUGUAACAGAGGUCUAUCACCUAUCACACAGCAUCCAAGAGAUGAAGAAAAAGAUAAGACUUCUGAAACAGUGAUUACUGAUUCACGUAAGGUGUCAUCUGUGGUUAAACAAAACAGCGACCACAGUGACUGCAACUCGGUAAUAUCUUCUACAUCCCCAAGAUAUGCUGUACACCCCCAUCAUCAUCAAUAUCCGGUUUAUCAGAAAAUGUUCAUUGCAGUAACUUGUGCAAGGACUCUGAGUACAACGUUACCUCGAAUAACGAGAGCAUAGUGGAAGAUCCAGACCACCAAAGUGAAUCUAGCUCGUUCAUAUCUCUUACUUCGCCUAAUAUAUGCUGCACACCACCAUCAUCUUCUGUAAUUUCUGAUGCAGAAGAUGAAGAUUAUAGUCCCCACACUAGUGAAGAGGCUGAGGACGAGGAACUGGACAGGAGCGAUGAGGCCAGAGACAACUUACAUUCGGCAAGUGUCAAGAAGAAUGUUACUAUACAUGCAAAAGCUGAAUCAAUUCCCACCGCAGAAUGUGAUCAGUCUGCACCCAGUCAGUCUGGUUCUUCAUCAGUGAAUACUGGACUGUCAGGAAAGAAGAAAAAAGUUACAGUUUUCUGUUGUUUUUGUGAAUGUGAGGUUUUUCAUUUUCCACGUCAUUUGAAAAGAAACCAUACGAAUGAAAUUGAG